UGAUCAUUUAAUCGCUUAAAAGGUAAGCAGAAAUGCGACUAUCCUGUUGGUGUUUGCACUGUAAAUACUUAUCCGUUUGCAAAACGCAAAUAAUGUCACGAAAUUUAUCCUUGCCACAAAUUUACACAACAAAUCAAGUACAGACCAAUUAGAAGGCUUCAUUUUUUACAUGUGACGAAGUCAGUUACGUUCGUCUCUGCUCUUAACAAUACUUCUCGAAACCUUUAUCGCGAUAAAAGCGAACCCAAGAGCCCGCAAAUUGAAAUUAUUGUUUGUAUUUAGUGGAAGUUGAAACGUUUAACAAGCUGCGAGGGCCUUUGUAUUCCUUUGAUGGCCGAACGUUUGGUUUGUUACGAGGAAUUUAUUGACAUUUGAAGAGGUGUGAAGCCAUAGAUGUGCAAGGAUAAUUUCUCGCUACGUUUUCGAACUUUUUAGCGGUGUUGAUGUUCAUUUGGUGAAGGAAAUUUAUCAUGCUGGAGAUUCUGUACGGCAGUUUGUGUGUUUUGAAAAACGAAAAUUCUUAUCAUUUGAUUUUAUAAGCGAAAUGCCGUGGAUCAGGAGCGAUAAAAAUUUUUUUGUGCCAAGUAUAAUAAUUGGAAUUUCCUCGAUACGACAUGCAGCCGACUCAUAAACCGUUCAAAGGGAAUCUUGUUCGAACGGUCGACUUAUACCGGCGGGCCGGCGGAUUUGGUUUCACGCUGUCAAGCCAGGGACCAUGUGUACUCAGCUGUAUUAUAGCUGGAAGCCCUGCUCACAGGGCAGGCCUAAAACCCGGCGACGAGAUAAUCGAAGUUAAUGGGGCUUCAGUGGAAAAUGCUCCGCAUGAACAAGUUGUCAAACUCAUUGCGCGCUCUCCGGAUGGGAUGGUUCAACUUGGGGUUCGAAACCGUUCAGAAUUACUAAGGUUUAGAAUGAACGAGACGAAAAUCAACACACAAAAUCAAGACGAAACAGUGAUAAACGAAACGAUAUUGAAUCGAGUUGAUAAAGUCGUUGAGGAAUUGAAGUCGGGUCAACUGUUCGGGGAUUCGCCGUCGCUGAACAGUUCUUUAUCCAACGGAAAAUUUAUAACUGAAGAUGACAUCGUUACGGAUGAAGAACUAAAUGCUUCUUUUUGUGAAAGUAUUAGAUCUGAAAACUCUGUUCCUGGUUCUUCUCCCGCUCAGAGUUAUGCGAGUAGCAGGCGAUCUAGCGAGGGAGAUGUUGCGUCAAAUAGUUCAUCGUCUCCGAUGUUAUCUCGACUUCUUUAUCCUAAAAUGACGCCGUUGAAAGGCUGUGAUCAAGCUGAUAUCGACUUAGAACCGGAACUUCGAUCUAUUGUAGGUUAUUUAGGUUCUAUUGAACUGCCCGUAGCGUCAAGUCUUCCAGCCGCAAGUCUGACUGCAAUUAGAAAUUGUGUUCGACGUCUCCGAGCACAGCAAAAAGUUCAUGUCUUCUUUCUCAUGGAAGUCUCUCUAAUUGGGAUAAAGCUUGUGGACAACGAGAAGAGAGCUAUCGUUACGUACCCCAUUAAGUGCUUGGCAUUUACUGGCCUAUGCUCUGACGAUAAAAGAGUAUUUGGUAUAGUCACCAGAAAAACUAAUGAGCCUUCUGCAGAUAAGUUCAAUAAUGUUCAAAAUAAUCACAAAAUUGACAUUCAAAGCACUGUAAAUUGUUCUUGUCAUGUUUUCUCGGUUAAUCCAGAGCUUAAUUCUCAUCAAGCUCAUCAGCAUCUCGCAGAUAAGUAUGGAAUACAAUGUACUGAGGAUGCUGAGGGAGGUUGUGUGGAGUUUCCUGCCUCCUCCAGUCCUAUCCUAAAAGCCAUCACUGGCAUGUUCAAGGAGAGAAGCGGGUCAGAGUCUGGUGGAACAAGCAGUGAUGGGGAAAGAAGGGGACGGUCUUUGUCAUUAUCUUCCAGCCACUCAGAGUCAGAUGGAGUUUUCAGACAACCAUACAAUGAUGAGAACUCCACAAGUGAACCUCAGACAGUUGAGUUUGUUGACAGUCACAUGGUCAAUGGAUUGCUGCCAGAUUUUGAUUCUUAUAAAAUGCAAGAACAGACUGCACAAAAUGACUCAAAACCUCUGAAAAGAGUAGAUCAGCGAGGGCUACAUGAAGCUGUUACAUCAUUUAAUGAGCCUUUUAAGAUUACAGAGAGAAAUGAUUCAGGUGUUUGUUCGGAUUCCUUCCCUGAAGCUAUGAAUAAUGUUUCAACUUCACAGGGUAUUAACAUGAGCCGACCGGCUCCUCCUGUCGUAAGUGUAUCCUCAUUUCAUUCUCGUGAGAGUUCAGCUGAUUCUCAAAUGUCCUUGGGGUCUCACCACAGUUCACUGGCUGGUACCCUAACUGAAGUUGGAAUAGCUAGCAAAUCUCAGCACAGUUCACAAAUUGGACCAGUUGGAAUGAAGGAUCUGUCUCUAAGUAAUUCUCAAGAGUCUUUGGCACAUUCAGAUAUAGUUGUAGGAACAUCCUCAAGCAGGAAGACGUUAAAUGCUAGUGCAAGUAUUAGCUCAAGCACUCUAAGUAUCCACAGUCUGAGUAGCAUGCCAGGUGAUAUGUCUCAGGUGGAUGGUAGAGUUGGUCGAUGGGCUCUUGGGUUUGACAAGCUUAUGGAAGAUCCUGCUGGAUUGGGCUGCUUCAAGGAAUUCUUGAAGAAAGAAUUUAGUGAUGAAAACAUUGUUUUCUGGAUUGCCUGUGAAAACUUCAGGAGUAUCACAGAUUUUGAAGAGCUGAAAAUGGAAGCAGAGAGUAUCUUCCACAAUCAUCUCACUGCAAAUGCUCCCCUGCCAGUCAAUAUUGAUAGUAAUGCUGUCAGAGAUGCUGAAGAGCAACUGCAGAAUCCAAACAAUGAUAUGUUUCGCCUUCAACAGCAGCAGGUUUAUACUCUAAUGAAAUUUGACAGCUACCCUCGCUUUUUGAAGUCUGAUGUGUACAGACAGAGUCUUGUGGCUGAAAUAGAAGGAGGGCAUCUCCCUUGUCAAGAUGGAGAGGAGGAGAGAGGAAUGAAAGGCAGAGGCAGCUUUUUUUGGAAGGUAUCUCUUCUAAAUUUGUCUUCUGAAGAAUCGGAAUUUUCCAGCAGCAGCAGCAGAAGCAGUUUUAGUCUUGAAGGACAGCGUUCAGGACGUAGCUGGGGAAGUAAACACAGCAGCAAAAGAUCCAGUUCAGGCAUUGACGGUGACAAGAAAAAGUCGAUUCUCCCUUGGAAAGGAAAACGCGUCAAAAAAGGUGACAGAUCUUUUGGUAGCCAACCUGGCAGUGCUCGAAGUUCUCUCUCUUCGCUGUCGGAUUCAGUCCCACGCAUUAGUUACUCAACAGAGUCUCUACAUGUGGAUCAGAGAAGGGAAAGUGAGUCGUUCCAGUUCUGUAGAGUGGUGUUACCUGACCAUUCAUCCACCAUUCUUCUGUGCAAGGAAGGUCAAACCUUACGCCAAGCCCUAAUGCAACUAUGCGAAAGAAGACACCUCUCGCUUGUCGCACACGAGGUGUUUCUUGGCGGUGGAGAUAAGCUUAUCCUGUUAGAGGAACUGGAUGAAGACAUGUCCAUCAUGGGAGGCAGGGAGGUGGUAUUGAUACACAGAACGCUUUUCAGGUUGGAACUCCCAGAUGGUGUGAUCCUGUGCGUCAAGGUCAAACCCGAUCAGAGCGUCAAGGCUUGUUUGGAGCCCAUUCUCUAUCGGCAAGGAUUUUCUCCUACUCAUGUGAUCACUCAUUUGGUGGAAUGUGAAGUGCCACUAGACCUUGGUAUCCCAGCAGCCUCUAUUGAGCAUCAACUCGUAGUUGUGGAAACUGAGGAACAGCUUACAGGGAAUAUCAACGCCCAGUCUCCCCCUCGUCAAGUUCUUUCCGCGCGCGCCUCGCGGCGGGAAAGCAAAAAGAACGCGUUUGACGAUCUCGCUUUUGAAGAGGUCAUGCGUGGUAAGAGACAAGCUCUUGGUGACGGGCACUUCGACCAACUAGGAGUGUGGGUUCCUGAGUCUACACCGAGCGAGGAUUCAUUGAAGGAGGAUCUGAACCGUGGAGAUGGAAGUUUUGGGAAGAGUUUGUUAAAAGCUCAAGGACUGUUUGCAAGAAAGCGAAGAGAAGGCAGCGAACAGGAAAAGAUCGUAACAGUUGUUAGUAAAAGUGGCCGUUUCGGAAACGAAAAAACCUCUGAUGUGAAAGCAGACUUCUUUGACCUUAUCAGCCGUGCUCAGGCAAAUAGAAUGGAUGAUCAGAGGGGUGAACUGAAGGGAAACUUAGAAUUGCCGGAUUUCCUCAAAAUCCCGGCCAGCAACAAGUUAGCUCAAGGCAAUGAGGAUUUCAAGGUACCUUAUCCUCCUCAGCCGCCUCACGGUUUCAGAACUAAAGAGAGGAACGUAUCUAAGCCUGUCUUGAAGAAGACACUAUCGUCGCCAAUCGAUUGUCCUGCCGAGAAAAUGGAUUUGAUGCAAGAGCUAGCCGCAAAGUUUUCCAAGAAAACGGAACCAACCAAGAAAAACCCAUCGCCGAGAGUUGAUCAGGAAACUGAACCGAGCGAAAUUCUUUUGGACUUUAAUUUUAACUCGAGGCCGCAACCGCAGCAGGCACAGAAUUCCCAGUUAGCUGCUCACUCAGAGGAUAAACAAAAAGGUACACCGAGACCCAGAUCGUGUACAGAUUCUAAUUUGUACACGAUGGAAGUUACUCCGCACGGGAUACGGCAUGAAACGGACAAUCGCCCGCAACCUGUCACUGACGCGGAACCUCGGAAGAGCGUUGCUCAUGUUCCCCCGUCAAUACGGCCACAAGCAUCGCAACCUGUCACCGUAAAUAGCUUGCGGGGAAUGCAUUACGCUACGAAUCCACGGCGCAAUACUGUGGAUCAAGUUAUGCAUUUUCCUUCCACGGGAAGCGUUAAACCGCCGGCGAUUGGAAGGGUUUCAUCGAAAUCCUCACAGAAUAUCAGAGACGUAGCACCUGCAAUUUACGAUAUGAGACCGGAACCGAAUAACGAAGGGGUACGAUUGAAAGGGUAUGAUAAUUCGGCGAAAUAUUCAAGUACUCCCCGAGAUAUCCCUCAACGAAAACUUGUCUCUGCGUACAGUUUGCCCGAGGUGAACUCCCAGAGAGCUGAGGUACAUAUUCCAUCUGAGGGAGGCCCCCCUCCAGUUCCUCGGAGAACAGUUUCUAGUAUGGACCGCCGACCCCGACCUAAACCAAUUCACAAUCCCAAGGAACUUUUAGCAAGACUUGAAAACGCGCCAGUGUCGUCGACUGAAAGGGUAGAAUCACCACCGAACCCUAAUAUUUCGAGAGUUGGAAGCCCUCCCCCUCCCCCUCCUACCCCGCCCUCAGGCUCGUUGUUAGACCUACAAAUAGCCGACUUCUCUCCACCUCCUUCGAUUUGUGAUUCACCAGAAAAAACCUCUCGCCCGCUUGAGGAUCGAGACACUAAAAGAUCCUCCCAGCCUUCAGGUUCUCAAAAUAACUAUUCGCCGAACAGGACUAGCAGUGAAAGUUUUGCUGGGCCCGUAGCGUAUGUUGAGAUGCCAGGAAAAGAUUCUCAAAGAACGUUGAACUACAUUAAACAGCCGAUCACGCCGAAUGUUAGAGUAAGUAAUUUGAACGCAUCCAAUUCGACGAACUUAUCUCAGCGCCUGCUGAGUGAGAACCGAGUGGAUGCAAUCACACAGGCGUCCACUCCAGGGUCUGUGACGCCAACUGUUUCGAACUUAAACAAAACGGUUACAUCAUCUCCUGCAAACGAAAGGACUCUUGUCGAGGAAUCACCAUCGGAAAAUGUGACUCCUUACGCGGGUCAAAGACCGUCAAUGGACAGUGCAUCUAAACGGCUGAUAACCAACACGGGAAGCGUUCCAAGAACUAAAAGCACUGAUCUAGAAAGACGUAAAAGCCGACAGGGCAGCGAGAUUCCUCAGCUAGACCCUUACGUCACUUACGAAAAGGAGGACUUGCGAAUAACGUUCGUGUAAGAAAUUCACCUAGAACUACUUCUGAGGGAGAAAAGAGAGUUAAAGAUAUAUUUUCGGUAACCUGGAGAGUAAAGAUUUUACAACUUUUUUGGGGUGAAUAUUAAUGUUUUCCUAGCGUUGCUUAUGCUUUAUUUGAGUUUGGAGCUUUAAAAGAAAUUUUUUAUGUAACUGCUCAAAAUAUGAAGUUAGAAAUAAUUUAAGUGAUCUUCGAAUUAUUGAGUUGAAGCCAGGAAUAAUUUAAAGGGGAUGGGUUCAGUCGACGGCGUUUGUAUUGGAAAUACAGGCGAACAAUGCGUGUUGCCAGCUUGAGAUGUGACGCCUCCGCUUGUGGAUAAUGAAGAUCACUUUCUGUGGUGUGAAUAUUUCUUUCUUAUGUUUUUUUAGAAAUAAGUUUUUUAUGUAUUUUAUUGACUAGCGAAAUGAAUCUAAUAUUGAUGUUUACGAUGAUGAUCGUGUUUUUAUUUUCUUAUUGAAAAUCGAAGAGCCACUUUUUCCUGAAACUUGCUGUUUCCGUUGCAUGCUUUUGUACAAAGCCAUUACGGCGUCGCACAUUCCACCUAAUAGCUUUGCGUGACGGCAAAAAGAGUCGCCCUCGUGACUUUAGAAAUAAUUUUUAUGGAAACAUAUUUUUUUAUAUAUAUUUCCCCAACACAACGUGUACCCAGCAAUGUUACGGAAGAUAUAUGACUUUUUCGUCUUUCGGAAACUGAAUUUUCUCAGAAAUGGUUAUUUGCUUAUUUAUGAGGUUGUCAAAACUACGUUUUUUUGGUCAUAUUUACACUUUAGUUUGAAAGGCAGUCAAAGGGUAUAGUUUUGUACGAAAGAGGUAUCUGAUGUUAAUUAUGAAAUACAAUGUUUGAAAUUGUAUCAAUGUGA